GGAGAUCAUCCACCGAGCGCCGCGUUCAUUGGUUGUAAAAAAUAAAAAAUAACCACUUUCUGAAGGAAAAUACAUUAGCAUGCCGACAAGGAUGGUCGGUUCGUCCUUUUUUUUUACUUUGGGAAUGUAAAAUAAGAAUCGAUCAUGCCAUUUGGACAUGCCAAAGUGAAUGCGACUCGGCAAGAAUUCACUUCUCACCAACAUGACGACACUUCUCCUCUCCACAACAACCAAUAUACCCUCAAACCUCAAGACGAAGACCGACCCGUCGACUUAGGUGAACUGCAAGAUAUCUUCAGUUUCAAGUUCUUCAAAGGACGACCGGUGACCAACUUCAUUCUCGCUAUUCUCUGGAGUAUCGGGUUGCCCAUCCUCAUCUAUCACCUCUUAAAGCCACGUCUAGGACAAGUCGUAGCAAUGAUUAUCGCCGCAUGUCCACCCCUGCUUGCUGUCAUAACCGAAAUGGUGAAAAGCCGAAAAUUCGAUCCAUUGGCGUUGGUGGCAGGGCUCAGUUUUUUAAUUUCAGGCAUUCUGUCGAUUGCUGAACCGGAUGAUCGUACGGCUGCUAUUUGCGAAUCGAUUAUUCCUUUGCUUGUGGGUGUAUUCUGUCUGUUGUCCUUGUUGCCAAUCCAAUUCGGUUCGUUUGAAUUGCGUCCAAUGAUCUAUCAACUCGCCAACCAGAUCAUGCCACGCGAAGAAGACGAGAGUGAAGAGCUCCAAAAAUGCGACGAGCAGCGUCUGGCACACCCAAUGAAUAGGCAGCAAAAGUUGGAUUGGGCAUAUACUCACAUGGCGCGGUUCCGACGUGAUAUGCGGGUAAUGACGGCAGCGUGGGGGGCUACGCUCGUUCUGGCUUUUAUUAUCAAGGUGAUUGUAGUGCUCACCAAUACCGACACGGGGAAUGCCGAGAUUUACGGUUACAUCAUCUUUGGUCUUGCCACGCUGUUACUGAGCCUGUUUUCGUGGUUUUACUCGACUCGUGUGAAAAAACACAUUCGACAAGACGUGGCGUCAGAGCAAGACCAUGCAGGCGAAGGAUUCGAAAAUGCACAAUGGGGCUUGCGGCACAUGUCGGGCACUUUUGCCCAAGUGCUGGGAGGAGGAUAGAUAGGAUUAAAGUGAGCGGUAGACAGAGGAAAUUUUUCGUGUUCCUGCAAAUAAAGUCACACUAUUCCAGAACCGCGAAUCCGGUUUCGUAACUUUUGGUCAACUUUACCAAUUUUCAUUUCACCUCAUCAUGGCAUCGUCUUCAGCCGCGAAACAGUACAAAGCUUUGGGAGACGAAGUAUGGAAAGUGAAGGUCGAGAAAAUCAAUGCCGAACUCUUCACGUUGACGUAUGGUUCCAUGGUGGUGCAACUCGUCAAAGACUACGA